AUACUAAGCCAAUCUAGCGAGACUCAGCGAGCCCGUUAAAAACCCUCGGGCUGAAGUUAGACCAAUAAAUCAUUAGUUAGGCUCUAUAAAAUAAAUAAAACUACACCAAAUCCGCAAGAAAAUUAACCAUCGAAAAUAAAAAACAAAAAUAGCUGAGCAAAACCCUUUUAAAAACCCACACACUGUCCCUCUUUCUCAUCCAGUCGGGUUCUCCACCGCUAAGUGGCCGCUCUUCCGCUUUCCUCCGCCGUGUUAGCCGCUGCAGGCGGAGACCCACCAAGCACGGCAGUUCCUAAUCCGUAAUCCCAACUUCACACACUGCCAAUUCAUUUGCUGGUGAUUAAGCUUAAUUUGGAAUAAUGGAGAGUAAGUCACGCCGAGAAAAGCGAAAAGAAGCUCGAUUAGCACAUAAUAAGCAAAAACAUGACUCAUGGCUCCAAGAUCAGAAAUCUCAGAGGAUGGAGAGACAAUUAAGAGACGUAAAGUCAAAAAAGGGGAACAAAAUAAAGAAUUCACAAACUCGGUUUCUUAAAGAAAAUGAAAUUGUGCAACAAGCUAGUGAGCACUCCACCAUUCCAAGUAAAGCAGAGAGUAAAUUGAAGCUUGAGGAAGAUCAUGAUUUUAAUGAAUCAAAGAUGGUUAAAGGAAAGAAGAGCUUGAAAAGAACUUCGAAGACUAAGUUUGAAGAGUAUCUUGAAAUGGAGACGCCGAAUGCUGCCAUGCUUGCACAAAAGGACUUGGAAUUGGAGAGGAAACUUGCAAAGAAACUCAAGGUGAAAGAUGGUAAAUUAAGGGGAGAUGAUGAUGACCUCAAUAUGUUAUUUGAAGAUGUUCCAUCUGUUCUUGAAUCUUGGGAUGAAGAAGUCCCAGAUACUGAACGGUUUUCUGAUGAGAGAACUGUGAACCCUACUUCUAGUAAGAAGCAUAAGAAGAAAAAAUCAGCAGACCAGGCUUUCGAAGAUGAUAUUGCAGAUGACUCAACCAUUGCAGCUUCCGAGCUGGAGGACAAUGCAGAGAUGGCAUUCGAAGAUAUUCUUGCAAAGGUGCCAGCACGUAAGAGACGCAGGAACAGAAAGUUUUUGCAGCAAGGACAAGAAGGUAACAUGGCAGGUGAGACAGCCCUUGGUGUAUCCCUGCCCACUGAAAGCCAUAGCAAAGAGGUAGCAUUAAAUGAAGCUUCACCCAAGGCACCUGCAAUGGAGGGUAAUGUAAAAUAUGUUGCUCCUCGCUUGAGAUCUCGCGCAAGAAAUGAGUCGGAGGAGCAGACUCAAAUUCGCAGACGAGUUCGAGGUCUUCUGAAUAGACUGUCUGAAUCUAAUGUGGAAUCAAUUACUGGUGAAAUGGCCACAAUUUUUCGUAUAUGUGUAGGACACGGGUGCUUCAAUGAAAAUGUAGAAUCAGAGCAACAGGUUUUUUCUAAGGAAUCAUCAAUUAGCCGCAGUGUCAGCUCACAGAUUAUCAGUGAGGAGGUGUUGGCAUCUUGUUACAAUGGUCCUAGAGGCAAUGAACAGCAUGCUGCUGUCUUUGCCUCCUUUGUUGCUGGCAUGGCUUGUUUAGUUGGGAUGGACUUCAGUGCAAAACUUAUUGCUUCACUUGCCAAGACUUUUGAGGAGGAGUAUCUCAAAGAGGACAAUCUUUCCUUACGAAAUCUUACUCUCUUGCUAUCUUAUCUCUGCAUCUUUGGAGUUUGCUCAAGCGAUUUAAUAUAUGAUUUUCUGAUCAUGUUGAGCAAGAGGUUGACAGAGAUCGAUGUCUCUACCAUCCUGACAAUUUUACAAUGCUGUGGGAUGAAAAUAAGGGGUGAUGAUCCUGCUACUAUGAAAAAUUUUAUUCUUAGCGUUCAAAACAGGGUGAGCGAGUUAAAGGCUUCCUCUGGAGAUGGCCAGGGAAAAAUAAAUGGCAGAAGAAUGGAAUUCAUGCUUGAGACAAUAUGUGAUAUCAAAAAUAACAAGAAAAGGCCCAAGGAAGAUACGGUGCAACACACUCGGAUCAAGAAAUGGUUACAAAAGUUAAAGGUUGAAGAUAUUUUAAUAAGAGGGCUUAAAUGGAGCAAGCUGCUUGAUCCUGAAAAGAAGGGUCAAUGGUGGUUGUCUGGGGAUAUGGUCUCUGCAACCAAUGAUGUUGAAGAGGUUGCCAGCAGAAUUGAUAAAGAGGCUCUUGAGGCACAGAAAAUGCUGGAGCUUGCUGCCGCACAGAGAAUGAAUACAGAUGGCAGGAGGGCAAUCUUUUGUAUCAUAAUGAGCGGGGAAGACUACAUCGACGCAUUUGAGAAGCUUCUAAGGUUGGAUUUGCCCGGAAAGCAGGACAGAGAUAUUAUGCGGGUUCUUGUGGAGUGCUGCUUGCAAGAGAAGGUGUUUAACAAGUACUACACUGUUCUUGCUGCCAAGCUGUGUGAGCAUGACAAAAACCACAAGUUUACCUUACAGUUCUGUCUCUGGGACCAUUUCAAAGAGCUGGAUUCAAUGCCACUUAUAAGAUCAAUGCACCUAGCAAAAUUCAUAGCAGAAAUGGUUGCCUCAUUUACUCUCUCCCUUGCAGUCCUAAAAACUGUUGAGUGGAGUGAUCCCCAGAUGCUAAGCUCGAAAAGGGUCAUGCAUUUCAGAAUGCUAUUUGAGGCCAUCUUUGAGUACCCUGAUAAGCUUUUAUGGAACAUGUUCACGCGUAUAGCUGUCACCCCUGAGCUUGAACCUCUUCGACAAGGCAUGGAGUUCUUCAUCAAGGAGUAUGUUGUGAAAACGAACAAGAAAGUCAAUAAUAAAUUUAAGGUUGCAAAGAAAGCCCUUAAUAACACUGAGGGAGUUCUCAUGUGAUUCUCAAUGGUUCCAUUAUUUUUGUCCUUCAAGCUCUAUUAUUUAAUUAUAGUUUGGUUGACUAGACCAAAUUUUUGUAGAGAAAUUUUCAAUCCAAGGCAGAAGUAGGUUUUUCAGAUUUCUUAUUUCUAUGGUGGAACGUACUUAAGCCUGGUCUGUGCCUAAACUCCCAGAAAUGAAGUGUAAUACUGGUUUAAAUCCC